UUUGCCCGUUAUUACCCUUCCGAGUUAGAAAACCGUUUGAGCUUCGCUUUUCCUCUUCUCUCUGUAAUAUCGCUCGUAGAAGCUUGCAUUCUCUUUGGAGUGCACUUCUUCUGAGCUGAUUUCUACUUCUCUCUCUCUCUCUCUCUAUACGUAUAGCUCAUAUACAUACAUAGACUAGAGUGGCUUGAUCGGAGGCUCUCCGGAGGGCUUUGGAACUUUCGAGAGGAUUUACGGGCAAAAAGGUUGAUGCUGCCGAUGAUUGUCCAUCAGGGGUUAUCCACACCGGUCCAGUUAACCAGUUGAUGAUGUUUGUUGUGGGCGAGUUAUAGGGUGUGCAAAGAUGACGAUUACUCCAAAAAUCUGUGUCACUGAUGGAAACCUGGUGGUUCAUGAGAAGACUAUUCUGAAAGAUGUGCCUGAUAACAUAGUUCUGACACCAGGACCAGGUGUAGGCCUUGUCGCGGGUGCUUUCAUUGGUGCCACUGCUGAACAUAGCAAUAGCCUCCACGUCUUCCCCGUUGGGGUCUUAGAAGGUCUUCGAUUCAUGUGCUGUUUCCGUUUCAAGCUAUGGUGGAUGACACAGAGAAUGGGCACUUGUGGGAAAGACAUUCCCCUUGAGACUCAAUUCAUGCUCGUGGAGAGCAAGGACACCACUGAAGAUGGACGUGAUGAUGUCCCAGUCAUAUACACAGUCUUCCUUCCACUUCUUGAAGGCCAGUUCCGUGCUGUUCUCCAAGGCAAUGAGACGAAUGAACUAGAGAUUUGCCUUGAGAGUGGAGAUAAUGCUGUCAAAACCAACCAAGGACUUCACCUUGUAUACAUGCACGCUGGGACUAACCCCUUUGAAGUCAUCUACCAAGCUGUAAAAGCUGUGGAAAAGCACAUGCAAACUUUCCGCCACCGUGAGGAGAAAAAGUUUCCCUCCUUUCUUGAUUGGUUUGGCUGGUGCACAUGGGAUGCUUUUUACACAGAUGUAACUGCUGAGGGUGUUGAAGAAGGUCUUAAAAGCUUGUCAGAAGGUGGAACUCCUCCACGUUUCCUUAUAAUAGACGACGGUUGGCAACAGAUUGGCAAUGAAGUAAAAGAAGACACUAAUUGUGUUGUUCAAGAAGGAGCACAGUUUGCAAACAGAUUGACAGGAAUAAAAGAGAAUGAGAAAUUCAAGAGGAAUGGGAAGGACAGUGAUCAGGUCCCUGGCCUGAAAAUAGUUGUUGAUGAAGCCAAGCAACGCCAUAAUGUGAAAUAUGUCUACGUAUGGCAUGCUCUAGCUGGUUAUUGGGGUGGGGUGAAGCCUGCAGCUGCUGGGAUGGAGAACUACGAUACUGCUUUGGCCUACCCAGUUCAGUCUCCUGGUAUACUAGGCAACCAACCAGACGUAGUCAUGGACAGUCUUGCGGUGCAUGGCCUGGGAUUAGUGCAUCCUAAGAAAGUCUUCGACUUCUACAAUGAGCUCCAUGCCUACUUAGCUUCAUGUGGAGUGGAUGGAGUCAAGGUUGAUGUGCAGAACAUUAUCGAAACCCUUGGGGCUGGUCAUGGUGGCAGGGUCUCUCUCACCCGUGCUUACCAUCAGGCACUUGAAGCUUCCAUUGCGCGGAACUUCCCUGACAAUGGAUGUAUUGCUUGCAUGUGUCAUAAUACUGAUGGGAUCUACAGCGCCAAGCAGACCGCUGUAGUGAGAGCGUCUGAUGACUUCUACCCUCGUGACCCUGCCUCACACACCAUCCACAUCUCCUCAGUUGCUUACAACUCCCUAUUCCUUGGAGAAUUUAUGCAACCUGAUUGGGACAUGUUCCAUAGUCUACAUCCAGUUGCAGAGUAUCAUGCUGCGGCUCGGGCAGUUGGAGGAGGUCCAAUUUAUGUCAGUGACAAGCCUGGCAACCACAACUUCGAGCUCCUGAAAAAGCUUGUCCUUCCUGAUGGAUCGAUUCUUCGUGCCAAAUUACCAGGCAGGCCAACCCGUGACUGCCUUUUUGUGGAUCCAGCACGAGAUGGAAAAAGCUUGCUCAAAACUUGGAAUGUAAACAAUUGCUCUGGCGUGGUUGGCGUCUUCAACUGCCAAGGUGCUGGUUGGUGCAAAGUUACAAAGAAGACCCGUAUCCACGAUGCAUCACCUGGUACCCUCACUGGUUCUGUACAAGCUGCAGAUGUCGAUGUCCUCGCUCAGGUUGCAGGGCCUGAAUGGAAUGGGGAUACAGUGGUGUAUGCCCACAGGGCGGGAGAAGUAAUUCGGAUACCAAAAGGCGCCUCAUUGCCUGUUACUCUCAAAGUUUUGGAGUAUGAACUCUUCCACUUCUGCCCUGUGAAGGAGAUCCCUUCAAACAUCUCAUUUACACCUAUAGGACUGCUUGACAUGUUCAACAGUGGAGGCGCUGUGGAGCAGUUUGAAGUCCAUUUUCCAUCCGAGCUGACCACUUCUCUUGAUGGCAACCGAUCUCCAACUGCAACUGUUGCACUCAGAGUGAGGGGAUGUGGCCGGUUUGGCGCUUACUCUUCCCAGUGUCCGCUAAAAUGCAUGGUGAGGGGUGUCGAGGCUGAGUUCGAGUAUGACCCUGCUAUCGGUCUACUUACCUUCACCAUUCCACCUCCUGAAGAGGACAUGUACAAAUGGCCUAUUGAAAUCCAAUUUUAGACGUUUCCAAAAUAGAAGAUCAAACAACUAAAGCAGCCCCCACAAUGAUGCCAACAUCAAAGGAGGCUUGAAAGUGAACAAGCCAGAGGUGACUCUGUGUAUCUUUGGUUUUGGGCAUGUGCUUUAGCAUUGCAGAGGGGGAGGGAGACUCACUGGUUAUGUCCCUGUAAUAAAGGUACCUGUUUAGUUGCUUUAAUGGAUCCUAACCUGCUAUGGCAUGUUACCUUUGCUA